AUGAGUAAACGGCAUCGCAGUGGGGAUGUGGAGACGGCGCGCCAUGCCAUUACGUUGAUCUGUCAGCGCCCCGCAAAGAGUACAGAGUUGGAGGCGGUCACACUAACACCGCUCGAGAAGCAAGUGGUAAGUCUCAAAGAGUCCAUUCCAGCGGAUGUACUGCUGAUGGUGGCCUGCGGCUAUCGCGUAAAGUACUACGGCCGCGACAGUCGCGUUGCGAGUCGCCGACUGGGCAUAAUGUGCAUUCCCACAACCCCGUUCGAAUCAAGCAGUAUACCGUACGUUCGUGUCAAUCUGUAUAUUCACCGACUUGUGGCGAUGGGAUACCGUGUAGCGUUUGCCGAUCAAGAGAACGCAGCGAUUCGCGCGACGAGUGGGAGUGCCAAAGGUAUCUUUACCCGAGAGAUCACGCGAGUGUAUAGCCGAGGGACGCUACUGCCAUCUGAGGUUAUUGGUGGCACGAGUCCUGCUGAUGCCGUUACUGGUGCGGGCAAUGCUGCCAGUGCUGAUCAAGGGGACGGUACGGAGGGUGCGUCGGAGGACGAUGGGCCUGUUGCCGAUGGAUUGUGGGGCCCACUGAAGGAGGAAUCCUCGGAGCUGUUCAUGUGUUUUGUUUACUCCCCGUCGUUGGGAAGUGCGGUGAUGGAGAUGACGCUUGUAAGCUUCGUCCGAUAUUGUGUGACACGCCAUCGCAUCACCUCAGAGGCUGAGCUUAUGGACGUUCUGCACCGCCACGACAUUGUGGAGGUGAUUAUCUUCCACGAGCUUCCCCAAGACGUUAUGCGAAGUGGUGAAAAUUCAUUUUGUACCUCGUCUUCGUCGUCGCUUUCAGCUUUACGUCGCCUGCCGGAGGCAUACGCCUCUGCAUUGAGUGUAGUUCUGCCGCUGCAUUUCGGUCCUACGUGCAACGGGGAGGAAGACGACCGUUCUGUGUCUGUGUCUGUGGCUGCCUGGACUGGAUCGAUGGAUGAGUCUAUUAUCAGUAGCCUUGUGCCGUACAGGCUUGAUAAAGUUUAUGCAAAGAUGUGUGCUACGGGCGAACGAAUACCGUUUCUGGAGAGCGUCACGGACGCCAAAAUUAAUCAAACAAUGGACCUGCCAGGCAGCACACUCAGCGCACUCGACAUCUUUACCAGCAGUAUCGGUAUCAGGGGAUCUCUGUUGGCUUUGCUUGAUCACAGCCUCACUGUGGCCGGUGCGCGGCGGUUGCGCACGUGGCUCGCUGCGCCGCCUUGUGACGUGGACACUAUCAUGUCGCGCCGAGACGCCGUUACACUUUUGGUUCGGGGUGAAGAGGGCGAUGCUGUUUUGAAAUUUCUGCGGGAAUGCGCUAAGUUCGGCGAUAUUGAGGCGACACUGGGAAAGUUGCAUGCGCAGCGCUGCACUGUUGCAGAAUACCUGCACCUGCUUCGGGCAGUAAAGACGGCACAUAGCCUGGCGACUGGCCUCCUCUCGCGUAGUGAUGGGAGUUUAAAAGGUCUCAUCCAAGACAUACUGUUGAGUAUCACUUCAACCCACGUAAGUGGGACUCUGGAGUCGUGUCGGUAUGAAGUGGACUCCCUCGCAGCGUCCCCGUUAGAGUAUUUUGUGGCGCUUGGUGAGCCGCUCCCCCCCGCUAUGCAAACGCACGUGGAGACCCGCGACGAGGCGCUCCGUGCCCUUGAUAAAGAAUUGGAGUGUAUUCGUCAGAUGUUGCGAAUGCCGGCGUUGGAGUACCGUACGAUUGCGGGCACAGCUUUCAUCGUGGAUGUGCCGCAAGCCAUGUCAAGUCGUGCACCGAAGGAUUGGCUGGUGCUGACAAGAACAAAGUCUCAUGUUCGCUUUCACACACCGAAAAUUAUAGAUCUUAAUGUUCAGCUCUGCUCAGCAAGGGAGCGCCUUAUUGUCGCGGCGAAUGCUGCAUGGCAAACGAGGCAACAACAUGUGGCGGAAUGUGCGCCCACUAUGCGAGUCUUUCGUGACGUUAUUGAUGCAAUUGCGGUCCUAGAUGCCCUUUACUGCCUUGCCGUGACAUCUUCCGCCCCUGGUUACGUUGCCCCUGAGCUCUCAGGACACGCAAAGUGUGUAACAAUCACUGGUGGCCGCCACCCAGUACUUGAUAGUGUAAUGCGUGGCCGGUAUGUUGGCUGUGAUGUGGAGCUGAUAAAAGGAGGUGCGUGGAUCCUGACGGGCCCUAAUAUGGGUGGUAAGUCUGCACUCAUGCGCAUGGUGGGCACGUUCGUUGUUAUGGCGCAGUUGGGUUGCUACGUGCCGGCAACAGCGGCUCAGCUACCAGUGUUUACGGCAGUGUACUGCCGCAUGGGUGCAAGCGAUUCUAUGCUCGAGGGUGCCUCCACAUUUCUGAAAGAGAUGGAGGAGACAAGCCGCAUUCUUCACUCAUCAUGUCUCUCCUCUUCGCUGGUGCUGUUGGAUGAGUUGGGGCGAGGCACAAGCAGCUUUGACGGUAUCGCUGUAGCUGCAGCAACACUGGAGUACCUCCUUAAGCAUGGAUCUACCACGCUAUUCGUGACGCACUACUCGCAGCUGUGUGAGCCGUACGCCAAUGCCGACCCUGGUGGACGUGUGGCCUGCUAUUACAUGGGUUUUCGCGAAGAGAAGCAGGAUGACGCAGAUGGAGGAGAAAUCAAUCUUGUAUUCACAUACAAGCCGACGCCUGGCGUGACACCGUCGAGCUUUGGUGUACGGGUUGCGAAGAUGGCAGGGUUGCCGUCUGAAGUUGUGGCGGAGGCACAGCGGCGGAGUGAGAGUGAGGAAAAGGUUCACCUGGGGCGUGUGGCAUUGAUGCAGGUGCGCCAUUUUCUUGGGGCUUCCACUUGCUGA